CAGAGCUAUUACAUCCAUCACUGAGUCAAGAGAGACUCGGAACUUGGACAACACAAGAAGCAAGGAUGGAAACAAAGCUUGUUAUUGUACAGCUGCAUGGGCACAAACACAGAGACACCCUCCAGUUUCACAUUCAUUGCUUCAUAUUCCUGAGAGAUGUAGACCUGAAACCCUUUUGCUGCAAAGUCAACUCUCUCUCAGUCUGAACAGUGCCUUCCUACCAAUAAUGCUUUGGUGCUUCCUGCUAAUGCUUCAAUAUCCCGGGAAUUCUAAAGCUCAAGUCAAUCCUGGCCUGUGUCGUUACGCAUUGGGAAUGCAGGAUGGUACGAUUGCUGAUGAAGACAUCACUGCUUCCAGUGAGUGGUAUGGAUCAACAGCAGCCCGAUUUGGCAGAAUCUGGGGACUCGUGAAUAAUGCAGGACGUUUUGCAGUCAUCGUGAACAUUCCACCACUUCUGGAACAAAGGUCAUUGAUGAAUCAGCUGAAAAUGAUUAUUCCUGGAAAUGUCAACACUUAUGAUAUUGUACUGAAGGACUUACGGCCUCCGAUCAUUGCCCGCUACGUGCGGGUGAUCCCAGUGACUGAGCAGCCAUCGAGUGUGUGUAUGCGGGUUGAGCUGUACGGCUGUGCCUGGGCUGAUGGCCUAUAUUCGUACAAUGGGCCUGUGGGACAGACCAUCGGAAAGCCAGGGGCAGCAGUCGUCUACCUCAAUGACUCCACCUAUGAUGGUGUUCAAGACUCCAGGCGCAGUCAUGAUGGUCUGGGUCAGCUGACAGACGGGGUCCUGGGGUUGGAUGAUUUCACCCAGAGCCAUGAGUACCGUGUGUGGCCGGGCUACGACUACAUUGGCUGGAGCAACGAGACCUUCGCUGGCCAAUAUGUGGAGCUGGAAUUUGAGUUUGACCAAUGCAGGAACUUCUCCCGCAUGAAGGUUCACUGUAACAAUCUGUACACAAAAUCGGUGAAGAUUUUCCACCGGGUUGAGUGUUACUUCAAGCAGCAGCUGGUGGCAAACUGGGAGCCCGAGUCGGUCGGGGUAACCACAGUGAUGGACGACAAGAACCCAAGUGCGCGGUUCGUUGUUGUACCCCUAGGCCAGAGGCUGGGUAAGGCGAUCCGCUGCCGGUUCUACUUUGCAGACCGCUGGAUGUUGUUCAGUGAGAUCUCCUUCCAGUCAACAGUCGCAGAUGUAGGGGGAGCGAAUCCUUUGGAACACCCUCAGCCUUCCUGGAGAGAGGGUACUUCCCAAAUCCCAGCGGUUCUGAGUACUCUCAGACCAAAUGCCGGUCUUGACCUGGGCUCCAGGCCCAGCCUCUCACCAACACUGAGUGCGACCAGUUUUCUUAGCCCCACGCUGAAUGAUACUGUCAACAACCUCAUCACCCUCACCCUUGCCCCCAUAGACAGCUCCCCUCCUCACACCAUCAGUAGACCUAUUAACAAGGUUGAGGACAGCAGCACCUCCAUUCUGAUUGGCUGUUUGGUAACCAUCAUUCUCCUCCUCCUCCUCAUCAUCAUCAUUAUCCUGUGGAGGCAGCACUGGAAGAGGAUCCUCGAGAAGGCUCCACGGAGAAUUUUGGAGGAGGAUGUGACCGUGCGUCCAUCCCUGUACAAUGAUACUAUCGUCAUUAGUAACCAGACACAGAUAUUUCAGACCAACCCCACUUAUGAGCGCGUCUUUCCAUUUGACCUGGAAUAUCAGGAACCUGCCAGGCUGCUACGCAAGCUUCCAGAGCUUUCUCAGAGUGCAGAAGACUCAGUGUGUAGUGGCGACUAUGCAGAACCUGACCUCACAAAAACCACUCCGCACCAGGGUUUCCAGAAUAAUGUGCCACAUUACGCAGAGGCUGAUAUUGUUAAUCUUCAGGGGGUGACUGGAAACAACACGUACGCUGUUCCUGCACUCACCGUGGACUCUCUGGUCAAGAUGGAACUCGCUGUGGAGGAAGUCUCCCGACAUCAACUGCACUUUAAGGAGAAACUGGGAGAGGGACAGUUUGGGGAGGUUCACCUGUGUGAGGCAGUGAGUCUGCACGAGUUCCAUCGCCCAGACUUCCUCGUCAACACGGGCCACAGGCCUAUCCUGGUGGCAGUGAAGAUGCUGCGGUCAGAUGCCACAACCAGUGCCAGGAAUAACUUCCUCAAAGAGAUGAAGAUCAUGUCACGGCUGAAGGACCCCAAUAUUAUCCGGCUUCUCGGAGUCUGUAUCCGUGACAAUCCACUCUGCAUGGUCACCGAGUACAUGGAGAAUGGGGACCUCAAUCAGUUCCUGUCCCAGAGGGAGCUGGAAAACCACUUCACCCUGGCAAAGAACAUCCCUAGCGUCAGUUAUCGAUGCCUUCUGCACAUGAUGACCCAAGUAUCCUCAGGCAUGAAGUAUCUCUCCUCACUUAACGUUGUCCACCGAGAUCUUGCCACCCGUAACUGCCUGGUGGGGAACCACUGCACUAUCAAGAUAGCCGAUUUUGGCAUGAGCCGCAAUCUGUAUAGCGGUGACUACUACCGGAUCCAGGGCCGUGCUGUGCUGCCCAUCCGCUGGAUGGCGUGGGAAAGUAUUCUGCUGGGAAAAUUCACCACAGCCAGUGAUGUCUGGGCCUUUGGAGUUACAAUGUGGGAGAUGUUCACCUUCUGUAAGGAGCAGCCGUACUCUCAGCAGUCUGAUGAGCAGAUCAUUGAGAAUACAGGCGAAUUCUUCCGAAAUCAGGGGCGACAGGUCUAUCUGUCACAGCCAACUGUGUGUCCGAAACAGAUCUUUGAUUUAAUGCUUAGCUGUUGGAGUAGAGACAUCAAGGACAGGCCCAGCUUUCUGCAGAUCCACCACUUCCUGCAGCAGCAGUUUGUCAAUGCAGCCUAGUGGUUCCAGACUGGGAUGGACCUGUGUCUUCUUGCUGAUGCGAUGGUUGCUGCCGUUGUGCCAUGCUUCUGUAUGCCCGUGAACGACUCAGCCUCUUGGCCUUCCUGCCAUUUCUGCCGUAGGAUUGGCCCGUGGCGACUGCUCAUGUAAUGAGCACAUGUUUCCGUCUCAGGCCUCUCCACUGACGGCAUUUCCUGGCCGUCAAGCUGUCCGCUGACCCGUGACAGUUCCCCUCUGGGUGGGGAACUGGUGCCAGGGGCUGCAAGCAACUGCACAAUGAGGUGGCUUCCAAGACUCUGAGAAUGCAGGAGAGGCCGAGGCUGGGCAAGCCUGCAAGGUCUGACACUUGAAUUCCCAGAGACGUGCACAAGGCCGUAGCUUGAUUACACGAGAUGACUUUUCUCUAUCAUUCCCUGUGGCGUUUACGAGCACUGCUUUCUUAGUUCAGUCAUUGCUUCUGCAGACUGACGUUCCGGUACGCAAGGUCAACACUAACAACUGGGCAGAGAAGCCCAGGCAGAGGGGAGGGAGGUGACUUCACUAUACAUCAGAAUGUAGACACCACAAUCAACUGAGAACAUCAAUGUGGUGUGGUCACUAUGUUUUAAGGUUAGAAUGGCUUGUAGCUUAAAUGUGAUGGACUCCUGUGCAAUGUACAGUGACCCCAUUGACACCGGAUUGAAUGCUGUAUUUGCCCCGUUUUGCUGUAUUUGCUGUAAACACUCUUCCCCACCACAUUUGCAGGAGGCAAGCUGUCUACAGCCCCCCUACAACAGAGUAGACAAUACAUCCCCCAUGGUCAAGGACUUUCUCCCUCAUUACCUAGACUGCGCACUGUAUCCAUCCCCUUCCAGGGACACACUGCAGUAUCCCUAUUAUAGUGUGCACUGUAUCCCCUCUCCCUGCCAGAGCUGGGUGCUAUAUGUGCCCUGCCCCCUCCUCCUCCAAAUGCUGGGUGCUGUACCUGCACCCCCCACCCAUAGCUGCGUGGUGUAUCCCCCGAGGUGGCCAACAUUUUCCCAGACAUUGGAUGCAUGUUGUAUCUGUGUUGAUGUGAUGUGGUCUCAGUGCUGGUGAUUAUCCCUGGGCCUGGCUCACUCACACAGCCAUCUCUUCUUUACUUUGGGGCUGGGGGGUGACCACUUGCUCAUCCUUUCAUUGGCAUGUUCCCCAGAAAAACAUCCAGGAACCCUGGACAUUGCAGGGAGCUGGAGGAAACACCCAGAAUGUGCGUCUGAUGGGGGUAUUCAGCAUUGGGGCGAGGGGGAAAUAAGACAAAUACGGAAUGAGGCACUGGGGUAGGAUGGAUCAGCACAGAGAGGCUGGGAGUUGGG